AUGGAAGGCUGGUCAAAAAAAUACGUUGACCCGCGCAAAGUCGCCAAAUCCUACAGACCCAAAGCCGGGGCUAUGUCCCCCGGGCUCAAACGCGCUCGCGAACCCUUUCGUAUACCAAACGCUUUGACGGGGUUUGUCUUGGGUGCAUUCGCCGUAGGGGUAUACUCGUAUUCAAUAUACGCUGUGAAACAAGACGAGUUCGAAGACCUCGAUGAUGAGGUCAAGUCACGCGCAACAUCACUGGCGAGAGUGAAUGCUGGGCAUCUAACGGAGGAAGAGGAGAAAGGGCUCAUGGAUGCUGCGAUUGAGACUGUUGUUACUGGGAAGAAGUAG